AUGCGAAACACCACCUGCCACUUACCCAAUGGCCUCACCUUUGACGUAUCACCCGUUUUUGGUGGGGUGACCUUCAAAUCCACUGAUUUCAACAUACAUCACAAGUCCACCUUCCCCCCAGGUUGGACAAUCAUAAUCAACACCGAGAAGACUCGGAAGACAGAGCAAGAUGAUCCAGAUUCAGAGAAAUCCCGCGACUCUGAGGAUAGUUUUGGCCGUUUCACUACCCCCACCUUGACCCGCGACUCUCUCUACAUCUCGUAUAUAGUCAACCCACCAACAAGCGACUUCAAAUCCGUGACCUCACCCACACGCCAUAUCGCCAUGAUGCUCUGGGCAACUCUAUCGUGGUACUUUCACGAGCCAGAACCAGACCUACACGUGGAGACCGCCGCCUCAAUCAAGACCCCGCCCGAUGGACGACCAAAAGGCGAAUGGCGGAUCAAGAUCAAACGCGAAGGAAUCUUCAAAGGCCGAAACCUCCUCCAAAAGCUCGAGCGGAUGGGCUUAAUCGCGACCGAGGACUCCUCCGUCGGCCUUCAGCCCAUUGAAACCCGCGACUCAAGCAGCUGGUCAAGUAUGUUUGUAAGCCGACGCAGUUUCUGGCAGCUUGACCCACGUCUAUUCCUUUUCACAUUGUCGCCAACUGGAGGAGGCACAAUAACACCUCCCAUCCGGUCGCUUACUGGGUCACCUGCGCCCGACUGCCGAGUCGGCCCACCGCCGGCCACGCUAGCGCCCAUGGAGGCAACCUUCCACACGGCGAAUAUGGGCCAGUUCACCUCGGUAGGACCGUUCACAUCGGGCAGCCAUCUACCAACAUACUACCCACCCCCGCCAAUGCAAUUCACCUCCACAAACGGCGUGCGACACCCCGUGCGCCCGAAACCCCCACACCAGGGUGAGGUGUUCUACGUGCGCUACAUUCCCAGUCUGAAGCAGUACCUUUCGUUCCGGGUCGCGUUUGUACCGAUGACGUCACAGAAGCGUGGUGAUGAUGGUAGACCCGGGACGCCUGUUAGUACGUCUGUGACGAGCGUCGCGCAGCAUCUCACUGAAGAUAUCUCCUCUGAUCUCGACACGCUGCAUCGGUGGAUGAACGUGCCGCGAGUGGAGGCGAUGUGGUCUGAAGGAGGACCGAAGUCUGUGCAGGAGAAGUUCCUGCUGGCUAGUCUGACCAGUCGCCACAGUUUCCCUGUUAUCGGAUGUUGGGACGGGAAGCCAUUUGGCUAUUUUGAGAUCUACUGGGUCAAGGAAGAUCCGCUGGGACGACUUGUUGACCACGUGGGUAAUUACGAUCGGGGUAUUCAUCUGCUUGUUGGGGAGCAGGAGUUCCGCGGUGCGCAUCGGGUUGCGGUCUGGUUAAGUGCGCUGGUGCAUCACUGCUUCUUGGCAGAUAUGCGGACUGAAUCUGUGGUGUUGGAGCCGCGGGUUGAUAAUCUCAAACUUAUUAAUUACCUCCAAGAAGCGGGCUUUUAUAAAGAAGGUGAAGUCAGCUUCCCGCAUAAACACUCUGCUAUCAUGAGGAUCAAGCGCGAGUACUGGGAAAGCCCGGCUUUAUAG